AAAGAAAUCUAGAAAAAGAAGACGACGACGGUACCAUAUAACAGAUAACUAAUAAGGAAGACGAUCAACAUAUACCUUACCAUACCUCUUUAACUAGUCUUUUUUUACCGAUUUUCCCUCCAACUUACCAUUACCACACUUAACCGCAUUGUUUUCAACACCAGCUAGUCCAUCUUUUUUACCUUAGGACCCCACCAUCUCCAGAACCGAUGUUACUACUGACAAUCAACUCUUGACCUCCUUCUCCCCUACUCACUCACUUACAAACUCUUCUUCCUCUCUUUCCCCCUAGAACUAAGUAAUCUUCAAGCGCUUCAUAUUCGAAUCCCAGAUCCCCAAAAAGCGCACAUCCCCAGUACCAAACUGCCCCGCCGCCCACCAUGGCGUGGCAACCAUCACCCGAGUCCUUGAGCACGCUCGCUGCUUGUCUCAAGGACUCUCUCAGCGGCUUCGAUAAAGCUGCGCAGAAACAAGCUGAGAUUAUGCUAACUCAAGCGAAAUCGAAUCCCGAUAUAAACAAUUAUCUUGUGUAUCUAUUCUCCAGCCAAGAGCCCCCUAAUGGUCUACAAUGUUCAGCUGAAGACUAUUUUCUCAUUCGAUCGUCGGCCGCCAUUAUGCUGAAGAACAACAUCAAGCCGGGCCCCAAACGAAUUUCCGACGAUAGUUUCGCCCUGAUUAAGAUGGGGAUCCCUAUGUGUUUGCAAGAUAAGAAUUCUCAGAUUCGCAACUAUGCAGGAGUGAUCGCAACCGAGGUCAUUCGCCGAGGUGGAAUUAUGAGCUGGCCUGAGUUGUUACCGGAACUCUUGAAGAUGAUUGGCAACGAGACUGGCCAAUUCACAAAUGAGGCGCAAGAGGGUGCUAUGGCGGCUAUGGCCAAGAUCUGCGAAGACAACACCAAAAUGUUAGAGCGCGAACUAAACGGUGAACGUCCUUUGAACUUCAUCCUUCCGAAGUUGAUACAGGCUACUAAGAGUCCGUUGCCCAAGGUCCGCGCUCAUGCCUUGACCGCUAUCAACGUUUUCACGGCUCGCAAGUCUCAGGCUAUGCUUAACUCCAUCGAUGAUUUGCUCCAGCACCUAUUCGCCUUGGCAUCGGACAGCAACAACGACGUGAGAAGACAGGUUUGUAGAGCAUUUGCCCAACUUGUAGAGUCUCGCCCAGACAAGAUCCAGCCUCAUCUCCCUGACCUUGUCGAUUACAUCAUCACUCAGCAACAAAGUGAUGACGAGGAUCUGGCCACUGACGCAGCCGAGUUCUGGCUUACGGUUGGAGAGCAUGAGCAUCUAUGGCAUUCGUUGAGCCCGUACAUCGGCAAGAUCAUCCCGGUUCUCCUCGAAUGCAUGGUAUAUAGUUCAGAGGAUAUUGCUCUUCUGGGUGGCGCAUCCGAUGACGAAGACGAGGAAGACCUGGAAAAGGAUAUCAAGCCCCAGUUUGCAAAGAAGUCGCAGACGCGACAGGCCAAAGGAGAUGGUUCUGCGGAUGCCGCCCAAAACGGAAACGCGUAUGAGAAGUUAGCUAGUAUGGAUGAUGACCUUGAGGAAGGCGAGAUUGAUGACUUUGAAGACGGCGAUGACGCCAAUCCGGAUGAACGAUGGACUCUACGAAAGUGUUCUGCGGCUGCACUAGAUGUGUUCGCUCGCGACUUCAGAGACCCGGUCUUCGAAUCUAUUCUGCCCUAUCUUACUAAGAAUUUGAGGCACAAUGAUUGGCCAUACCGGGAGGCUGCGGUACUUGCGUUGGGUGCUGUGGCAGAAGGUUGUAUUAAUGUUGUCACGCCUCAUCUACCUCAAUUGGUGCCUUAUCUCAUCUCCCUUUUGAACGACACUGAGCCUGUGGUCCGUCAAAUCACAUGUUGGACAUUGGGACGCUAUUCUUCCUGGGCCGCGGAGUUGACGGAUCCUGCCCAGAAGCAGGCUUUCUUCGAGCCGAUGAUGGAAGGUAUUCUGACAAAGAUGUUGGACAGCAACAAGAAGGUCCAAGAGGCUGGCGCAUCAGCUUUUGCGAACCUCGAAGAGAAAGCAGGGAAGAGACUGGAGCCGUACAGCCUCCCUAUCAUUCAGCAGUACGUCAAGUGCUUCCAGAAGUUCAAGGAUCGCAACAUGUACAUUCUCUAUGACUGCGUCCAGACCUUGGCCGAACACAUUGGUCCUGUCCUAGCCCGACCCGACCUCGUCAACGCACUGAUGCCAGCUCUUAUCGAGAGAUGGAAGAAGGUCGACGAUCAAUCUCGGGAACUUUUCCCCUUGCUGGAGUGCUUGUCAUAUGUUGCGAUGGCACUGAAUGAUGCAUUUACCCCCUAUGCGAAGCCCAUAUUUGCACGAUGCGUCAAUAUUAUCCACCAGAACUUGGAGGCAUCUCUUGCCCUACAAAACAAUCCAUCGCUUGACACACCUGACAAGGAUUUUCUGGUCACCAGCUUGGAUCUUCUUAGUGCCAUCAUCCAGGCUCUCGAUCCAGCAAUGUCUGCCCAGCUCGUUCAAGAAUCCCAACCCGCAUUUUUCGAAUUUCUUACCUUCUGCAUGAAAGAUCCUACAGACGAAGUCCGACAGUCCGCCUAUGCGCUCCUCGGUGAUUGUGCCAAGUACGUUUUUGAACAGUUGCAACCGUCGUUGCCGAAUAUUUUCCCCGCACUUUUAACACAGCUGGAUCUGGACGGUGUACUUGAUGAGGACAUUGAUAGCGGAUUCGGAGCGGUCAACAAUGCCUGCUGGUCCGCCGGAGAGAUUGCUCUUCGACACAAGUCUAACAUGGCCCCUUACGUGCCUGAGCUCUUCCAGAGCUUUCUCGCAAUCGUCACUAACCCUGGUAUUCCUAAGGGGGUCACCGAGAAUGCCGCGAUUGCUUUGGGUCGUCUUGGACUGGGUAAUGGAGAACUCUUAGCUCCGGAGUUGGCCAACUUUGCCGAGGAUUUCCUCACUUCGAUGGAUGAGGUUGAUCCAUCUGAUGAGAAGGCGACCGCGUUCCGAGGCUUCACUGCUAUUGUCGAAAAGAACCCUAUGGCCAUGGAGAAAUCACUCCUACACUUCUUUACUUCAAUUGCCAGAUACAGAGACUUGAAGUUGCGCAGUGAGACUAAGAAUGGUCUGCACGAGGAUUUCCAGAAGGCCAUUAGUAUAUACCGUCAAAUCAUACCUCAGUUCGAUCAGUUUUUCGGUCAGCUCUCGCCAUCAGACCAGCAGACUUUACGAACAACUUACGCCUUUUGAGAUGGAUAUCUCUGAAGACGAGUCAUUGGGUUUUUUAUUAUACGCAAGAUAAUGAGUGGUUCCCUCAGGGGUUCCAGGAAAGAUGGUUCCAACACCCAAGCCCUAUAUUGACUUGUCAUCUCAUGGUCCGAAGAAACUACGUCAGUUGAAUUAGGCCAGCU